AUGUCCGACUCCUUCGCGGACCUCUGGUCCUCCUCCGCCCCGCUCUCCACCAAACCCAAACCACAAACACUCUCAUCAGCUGCCUCCAGACAAACAUCGAGCGCCAAUGCGAACUACGGCGCAAACACAGGGAGCAAGCCCGAUCUGUUCGCAAUGCUUUCCUCUUCAGGGAGCGGGACGGCCACGCCGCGGUAUGGCGGAGGGAUGAUGGGGAACACAAGCAGCAACGGCCUGAGCAAUGGGAGCAGAGCGUCAAACCCUCCGUCGCGUACUAUGACGCCGUCGUCGUCAGCCGUUCUCGGUGCGGGUGCGGGUGCGGGUGUUGCACGCACUACAUCCGCAGCUGGGACAUCGAUCUCUCGUACGGGCUCAGCGGCGGGUGCGACUCCAGGAGGUGUAGAUGCAUUCAGUGACCUCUUUUCGCCGAGCUCUUCCACUAUUUCAACAUCAACAGCGGCGAACAAGAACAUGACGCUCGCUGCGCGGCUUGCGAUGGAGGCUGAGCAGAAGCGUGUUGGUGCGGGUAGUUUGGGCGGCGGAGCAGGCAUCGGGCGAUCAUCGUCAUCAGCCGGAGCCGGAUCUCAUGCAGGAGCGUCGGGAAGCGACGCUGCGUCUACGUGGGCCGGGCUCGACUCUUUAGCGGGAGGCGGGUCGAUACUGAAAGCCGACCCACCGGCGUCGUCAUCAUCCACAACGGCGAGAAGUAAACCGAACAUCGACGACGCGGAUGAUUGGGGGUUGGGUGACUUUGGAAUGGCACCACCCAUUUCGGCCCCCGUACCACCCACGACGAGACGAACGACGCGGACGCAGACGACGGCGCAAUCUAUCGCUGCCGCUGCUGCUGCUGCUGAAACGUCUCGGGAAUCAGAGAAGAAACAGACGACAGGUGUCAGCCUUUGGGACCUAGACGAUUUCAAAGACAACACCAACGAUGAUUCCGGCUUCCGAAGUGCACAGCAAAAUAACGGGACUUCGAACGCGCGGACUUAUUCCCCUGAACCGUCGUCGGCUGCUGCUGCUAACCCCCCACGCUCGUCGAAGCCACUUUUCUUCGAAGAUGAAAAUGAUGUCGGCGUGGCAUCACCCGACCAGGACUUUGAUUUUGGAGCCAGGGAAGACUUGGAUGAUCGGGAUAGGGUGCGUGAUAGGGGAAGGGGGUUGUUGGACUUUGACGAGGGCGAGGAUGACUUUGGGUUCGGUAGCAGUGAAAGACGGGGAGGGAAUGCGAAUGGAAACGAUAGUCAUAGAGCUGGCGAUGAGGAGGAUGAUAUCUUGGGAAUGUUGAGCAAGCCUGUGGAAGUUGUGAAAGCGCGGGUUGAAGCUGAUGGAGAGAGGCAGCGGCUCCAACCCCCACGCGCACAAGCUCCGUCCAACGCAUCGUCCAACCGACCACGACCAUCAUCUCCUCCUCCACACGUCCUCGGACAAAUCGUCGAAAUGGGAUUCUCAAUCACCCAGGCAAAAAAGGCGCUCGCCGGGACAAAAGACGGGAUGGACGUGCAAGCAGCUCUGGAAAGUUUGCUCGGAGGAGGCGCGUCGGGUUCGCGAUCCGGAACACCGCCCCCUGCUCCUCCUGUAGCAGCGCCAGCGCCAGCAGCAGCAGCUCGUGCCCGCGGACCGCCCAAGGGCCAAAAAGAGCGUGAAAGGGAGAGACUUGAAAAGCAACGUCUGGCUGCCGGCGCUGCGUCUUCCUCCUCGGGUGCCUCAGGAAGCGGUAUUAGUGGGUCAGCGCUGAAUGCAGACAAUAUCACGGAACAAGCGGACAAGCUCAUCGCACAGGCGUCGGAGCUCGGGAUGAACAUGUUUAGCAAGGCGAGCGCGUUCUGGCGGGAGGGUAAGGAGCGCGUGGUGAAAGCGUACGAGGAGCGCGAGGCUGGCGGGGGCAUUGCGGCGCUUGCGCCUGGGGCAAAGGCGCGUGGUGUGGGGAAAUCCGGGGUGUCUGGCGCGGGUGGGAGGCCCAAGUGGAUGGUGGAUGGCCCUGAGCAUGAGGGCCAGGACGAAGAAGGGUUCCCGAGACGUGUUGGGAAGCAGAAGGAAACCUCUGCAUUCAGAGAUGGGUGGGAAAGCGAUGAGGACACUCGACACGAUGACGCCCAGCGAGACCGUUCAGAGACGAAGGUGGUUGCUCAACAAGAGCAGCCUGAAGUUGAAGUCGAUUUAUUCGCUCCUGAUGUUCCAUCACAACCAACAUCUCGUGGUGGACAGCGGCAGCAAGGAUCGUCGUCUUCUAUAUCAACAGUUUCUGUCAGAGGACCCGCACGUCCAUCACCUCCUGCGCCUUCUGCACAGCGUGCGCGCACGCCUGUACCGGCGCCCACACGCAACCUGCCAACAGCCUCCCCCUCCGCGCUUGCGCUGGCCCUCAAACACAAGACCGCUGGGACCGAGCAAUUCAAGCUUGGGCAGCACGCCGCCGCUGCGGACUCCUACGGCCUUGCGCUGCAGGCGCUUCCCGACGGCCACCUUCUGCGCGUGCCGCUCCUCACCAACCGCGCAAUUGCCCGCCUGCGCAUCGGGGAGUACAAGACCGCGGUCGCGGACUGCGAGCGCGCUGUGGAGGGCGUCGUCGGCCGCACCAUAUUUGCAAGCGGUGCGGAAGAUUCUGAGGGCGGAUUUGGAGUUGACGAUCCUUUGGCUGACAAACCCACGAAAGGGAAAAAUAAGAGCACCCCUCCGCCCGUUAUGCACCCUUCCACCAUCCCACCCUCGAUCCUAUCAGCCGGCCGUGCAAAGGCCAACGACGGUGGGUGGGCGCACCCGCAGGGCCUCGGCGUCGACCUGCUGGAUCAGUACGUGAAAGCGGUGAAACGCGCUGCGGAGGCGCUGGAGGGCCGAGAGCAGUGGGAGCAGGCGGGCGUGUGGUGGGGCGUGCUCGGGCGCGCGGCUGAGGGCGAGGCGGGCGCGUGGGUGCAUGAAAGGGAACGGAAGGAGGCUGUGAGCGGUGGUGUGCGUUGUCGCAAGAUGGUGGACGGGCCCGCCGCUCCAGCUAGGUCGGCAAGCACUAUGCCUGCACCUAAACCCCAGACCCCCCAGACCAAACGACCCUCUCCGAAAGCUUCCGCAGCGUCGGUGUCGUCGGCGCCUUCGAAGGCGUUACGGGCGCUGCAGUCGAACAACGCACAGGCGGAGGCAGACGACGCUGCGAAGCACGCGCUCAAGGACACCGUGGACGCCCGGCUCUCAGCGUGGAAGGCGGGCAAGGAGACUAACAUCCGUGCGCUCCUUGCCAGCUUGGAGAAUGUGCUCUGGGAAGGAGAUGUGAUGCGCGGGCUGAAGAUGGGUAUGGCGGACCUCGUGAGUGCUGCACAGGUGAAAAAAGGGUAUGUCAAGGCCAUUGCGCGGGUGCAUCCGGAUAAAUUGAAUGCGGGUAAUUCGACGCUGGAGCAGAGGAUGCUUGCGAAUGGUGUGUUUGGAGGGCUGAAUGAGGCGUGGAUUGCGUUCCAGGCUACGCAGAAGUGA